AAUUCGACCUAUGUGGUAAGCAUUCUCGCACAGCAACCCGGUGACUAUCUUUAUCCAAAAAAAUGUUCAAAAGAAAGCUUAUGGCCUUGGACUACCACAAUCCUACUGGAUUUGACUGUAAAGACGAGACAGAAUUUAGGAAUUUUGUGGUUUGGCUGGAAGAUCAAAAAAUCAGACACUAUAAAAUCGAGGAUCGAGGUAACCUAAGGAACAUUCCCAGCUCUGAAUGGCCUAAUUAUUUUCAGAAGUACCUUCAAGAUGUCAACUGCCCAUUUAGUACUCAAGACAGACAGGAAACUGUGGACUGGUUGCUGGGCCUUGCGGUUCGUUUAGAGUAUGGGGAUAAUGUGGAGAAAUACAGGAACUGCCCGCCAGCGACGGAAGCCAACAACGCUCAGAAGGCCGCGGAUCCGCUUAUUAAUCUGGACACUGAUAAUCCAGAUUUCAAGGCUGGAGUCACAGCUCUGGCCAAUCUGCUUAAAAUUCAGCGUCAUGACAACUACCUAGUGAUGCUUAAGGCAAUUAGAAUCCUCAUUCAAGAGCGCCUGACUCCUGAUGCCAUAGCGAAAGCCAAUCAGUCGAAGGAGGGUUUACCCGUCUCUUUGGAUAAGCAUAUUUUGGGCUUUGAUACUGGCGAUGCCACUUUGAACGAAGCCGCUCGGAUCCUGCGGCUGCUGCACAUCGAAGAACUGCGUGACCUGCAGACCAGGAUCAACGAGGCUAUCGUAGCCGUGCAGGCCAUCAUCGCCGACCCAAAGACAGAUCACCGUCUGGGGAAAGUGGGCAGAUGACAACUUGGCCCAACCCACCCCCCACCCCCCUCUGGCUAGCCCUGGCUACUGCUGUGAAUGAACGGUCUGCGGAAUCAGCCCUCAAACAUGAAUACAACAUGCGUUAUGAACAUUUCCUUAUUUAACCGACACCAGAACUGUUCCCUUUUUUGAACUGGUUAUAUUUGUGAUUUUUUUUUUUUGUUUUUUUUGUUUUUCCUUUGCGGACAUCAAAAGUUUGGAAGCAAUUCUUCUGAUUUGAUUUGAGUUUUGAUUUGGCCUUGCACUCUUGUGAAAAAAAAAAGAAAAAAAAAAGGUGAAAUGGUGUGACAAAGCCAAGAUUUCUGAAAUACAUCAGGAAGGUAUUUAUUGUUUGAAUUCUUUUUUUUUUUUUUAAAUAGAGAAUGAAACGAUGAGAUUCUAAUAUGGGCCUGAAUUCAAACACGCUGACUGCUGCUGUCAAAUCACAGCACAGGAUUGUAUUUGUAUUCUGUUAGUGGCAU